ACGAAGGCUGGAAAAAAAUGGUUGCUGCAGUAGACUGAUGCUCAGGACCUGUAUCAACAAGAUGGAGAGGAGAGGGAUAGGAUCACGGCAGUUCCCUAGGUUAUUGGCGCAAGCGAUGGAAACAGAUGUGGAACACUAAAUCACAUGGAAACUGGAUGGACACCUGCACUGACAGGAUCGGAGCACUAAUUAUUGGUCCUGAGCAAAAAGUCUAGCUUGCUACCAUGGUGAAAAGAUUGGAGAUUUGACUGUCAGUAUGAAGGUGGAUUGAAAUCAGGUUAAAAAGUCCAGUAUGAGGAAACAAAUUAGAUAUGACGGGGAUGUAGACGUGGCAAAAUUCCUGCAGGACGCUCGUCUGCACUUCAUGAAGAACCGCUACCGACGACUUUUUUAACCAACGCUUUUUUGCAUCAUUUCCUAUUACUAUAGUUAAAUACUUGGUUAGCUAGCUACGUUAGCUUGCUACUGGGCACGACUGAACCAUGGAAUUGUGCAGCUAGCCUGGCUGCAUAUUGUCUUAACUUUAGCUAGCUAACCUAAGUCAUCUCCUGAAGACUUUUUUUGUGUCUCAGGUUUAUUGGGAGAGAUACAUAUAGUCAUUUUCCAAAGGACAUUUUAGUUACCAUUUAAUUUAUCACGAUGUUUUCGGCUCUGAAGAAACUGGUUGGCUCCGAACCCGGGCAGCUAAAGGAUAAGAACAUCCCUGCGGGCCUGCAGUCCAUGAACCAAAGCUUGCAGAGACGAUUCGCCAAGGGUGUUCAGUACAACAUGAAGAUUGUGAUUCGUGGGGAUAGAAACACAGGUAAGAGUGCGCUGUGGCACCGACUGCAAGGGAAGAAGUUCCUGGAGGAGUACAUCCCCACCCAGGAGAUCCAGGUCACCAGCAUCCACUGGAACUACAAAACAACCGAUGAUGUGGUCAAGGUGGAGGUGUGGGACGUCGUAGAUAAAGGCAAAGGAAAGAAGCGUGGCGAGAGCCUGAAGCUGGAAAACGAGCCUCAGGAGUCUGAAACUGAAAUGGCCCUGGAUGCAGAGUUUCUGGACGUGUAUAAAAACUGCAAUGGGGUUAUCAUGAUGUUCGACAUCACUAAACAAUGGACGUUCAACUACAUCCUGCGGGAGCUGCCCAAGGUGCCCACCCACGUGCCCGUGUGCGUGCUGGGCAACCAGAGGGACAUGGGCGAGCACCGCGUCAUCCUGCCCGACGACAUCCGAGACUUCAUCUCCGGCCUCAACAGACCUCUGGGUUCCUCCUACAUCCAUUACGCCGAGUCUUCUAUGAAGAACGGCUUCGGCCUGAAGUACCUCCACAGAUUCUUCAACAUCCCUUUCCUGCAGCUACAGAGGGAGACGCUCCUGCGGCAGCUGGAGACCAAUCAGCUGGACAUCGACGCCACGCUGGAGGAGCUGACUGUCCAACAAGAAACUGAGGACCAGAACUAUGACAUCUUCUUGGAGAUGAUGGAAGCUCGUGGCAAAGGGUACAGCUCUCCGGGCCCAACCAAUGGCCAGAGCCCGUCCUCAGGGUCCCAGUCCCCCAUUGUCCCCCCAAGCGGAGCCUCCACAGCCAGCUCCAGCCCCAGCAGCCCCCAACAGCCCCUCCCCCCUCAAAUCCUCCCCCCAGCCCCUGUCCCCUCCCCCUCAGCACCUCCCCUCUCCAGCGCCGCAGUGCCCCCUGCUGCCCAGCCCCAGCCCCCGCUCCAGCAGCUGGAACGUCCCGUCCCAGCCUCCACACCCCCCGGGGCCCCCGCCACUGCACCCCCCCAGCAAAAACGUGGUUUUAUCUCGCGCCUCUUCGGGACCUCCACCACCCAGGAAGCCCCAGCAGGUAAACCAGACGGGCCGUCACCUGCGGCCCCCGAGGUCCCGCCCAAGGUAAACAGCGUGGACGACUUCGUACCGGAUGAGAGUCUCGACCGGAGCUUCCUGGAGGACAGCGGCACGGUGAAGGCCAAGGGGCGGCCCAAGCCGGCAGUCACCGCAGACAGCGACAGCGAUGGCGAAGGUCGUGGGGGGAACCCCCUGGUGGCGGGGUUCCAGGACGAUUUGGACCCUGAUGACAAGGUCCCGUCCAAAGCCCCGCCCCCAGUUACUGUCCCUAGCGUGGGGAUCACCCUGUCUAGCGACGAGGAGGAGGAGAAGCGGGCACCCCCGGUGACACGACACGAGGACCUGGACAGCGACCCAGACACCAAACGCUCUGCCGUGCAGACUCAAAGCAAACCCAGAGCGUCAGAGAAGAGGCCACCGUCACAUCCCCAGGACAAAGCCAGGGGGCUGAGGGCAGAGCCCGCCCCUGUGCAGCCAGGACGCCCCAGCAAGAAGGGGGGAGCCGCGGAAGUGGAGUCCUCAGACUCCGAACACGAGGCGCCGUGCGCUAAGCAGAUGCUCUCCUACGUCAUGGACGACCCCGACUUUGAGAGCGAAGGCUCAGACAAAAUACAGAAGGUAUCGUUCACGGCAAGGGACGAUCUGCCAGACCUGUCGGACGAUGACCUCCCCGCCGCCAUGGCCAAGGAGCCCCUGAAGCCCACCGUCCUCUCCUUCAAGAGCAAGAACGAAACCGACCUGUUUGGACUGGGCUUUGAGGAAUCCACGGCCAAGAGCAAAGACAGCAGCGAGGACCAGGAAGAUAAAGAGAGCAAACACUCUUCAAAGGAGAAGAAGAAAAAGAAGAAGAAAAGUAAAGAGGAGGAAGAAAAAAGCAGCAAAAAGAGAAACAAACACAAAAAGAAGGAGAAAGAGGAGGCAGGGACAGGAGAUGAGAAGAAGAAGAAGAAAUCAAGGACCAAGAAGCCCAGCGACGUGGACGACCUGGAAGCCUUCCUGGCAGGAGGGGAGGGGCCAGGAGACUAUGAGGCGCUGUAGAACCUCUGAUCCAAUCAGGGCUUGAGCAGUUAAGGGAGGUGUGGUAAAAGGUGUGGUCUUUUGAUAUCAAGCCUCAGUGAGUCUUUGACAAGCUGAGUACCACCCCGGGUUACACGUCACCUUUCCUGAGUCCGUACAGCCUGUGUGGGUUAUUGUUAUCUUCAAAGCUGUUUUUUCCUUCCCCCAUCAACACUUGCUGCUGCUGCUCCGAAGACAAUUGAUGGGUUGUGGAGAGGGGAGAGAGUAGGGCACUCUUGGAGGCUAUGGUCACACAGUUGUUCAGUGUGGAGGAACUUAAUUAUGCUUUUAAUUUCUACAGCACCCUUCCUCUGUGGACUUCUUUUGUGUGUGUUUUUUCCUCCUCUAUACUUUCCUCCCAGAGUGGACCACUUUAAAUGUUUAUUUUCCAUCUCCAGCUUCCUGUGUCUACUGCAGGCAUUUAUUUAGAGCAUG